AUGCGAAGCCAAGGUGAGCCAGGGGAGGAUGAGGAUGACAGGACAGGAUGGGAUGGUGUAGGCGACGAGGAUGAUGUCGCGAUAAGGUUGGAGCUUCGGUCAGGUGUGUUAUCCUUAUCGGACCUGGCUUAUCUCAUCCGCGCACCACCCCCGAGAGUGCCUGCCACCUGCACUGUGAGGACCUCUUUGGCUGCUGCUGCUGCGUUGCUGUUGGCCGUUUGCGGUGCAGCCUUAUGUCGCACAGGCCACCAGAGCGGAGACUCCCCCUGGAGCCACAGUCGAAUGGCGGCGAUGAUUGGCUGUGACUCACUUUUAUGGGUCUUUCUGCCUGGGAAGCUCCCAGUAGCUCCUUCUCCAACACUCUUCAGCGCCAUUCCAGCAGGAGCGAUCCAGAUGAUCUCACACCUCCCCAGGCGCUUGACCAUCGCUGCGUCCGGAAAAUAUCUGGCAAUCUGGAAUAUCCACUGCUCACCUUUGAAUGUCACCAAUGUCACCUUGCUCACCUUGACUUAUCCAUUCCCAUGUUCACCUUGGAACCAAAUCAACGUCACAGUGGUUCAUCCUCCCACCACGGCUCAACGUUCUAGAACAGCUAGAAACGGGGCUUCCAACGUAAAGCCAUCAAAGACGAAGACCGAAGCUGACGUCGCCAGCUCCGAGCUCUACGGAAAUCUCGAAGCUCCCGUCAUGCCGAUCACUUUCUUGACUCUGGCAGCUGUGGAGAAUGAUCCAAUGGCCUGCUUCAAUCUUCGGCAGCUACCCGGCGUCGCUCCAUGGCACACCAUCCUUUGCGGACAAAGGCUCGAACCUAAUGCGGCCUUGAGAAUUCUCGGCGAAACUGACGAAAUUGACUCUCUUUCGACCAACGGCCACCAGCACGAUGCUCACCUCAUCGUCAGCACGAUAAUAUCAGGCACAGACUUGAGGCGAGUGGUUCAUCCAGCCACAUGUGGCUCGGCCUCAGCACCUUCGGACUGCGCCAUCCCCGGCCGGCCCCCUGGUUUGAGACAGGCACAUCCCAGUGAUGACUCGCCUUCCAUGAGCCGCUCAUGCGACAUCGAUCUGUAUGCCGCGCGAUCUGUCGGGCACUCGAUGUUCUCCAUGGCCCCGAAAUCACCGACUCCGUCCAUUUCGCACCUCAUCUCGUCUUAUCCGAUCUUGUCCAUCCUCGCGGAAUAUGUUUCAGCCUUGGACCUUCUUCACAUAGCUCAGACGAACCGUAACCACCACGCCCACAUCCUCGGUUCCCGUACAAUAUUCGAGAAGCUGAAAAGCCUCUGUCUCUGCGAUGGCCGCGGCUUAGUGCAACGCCAAAACUUUAGCGGACGCUACUGUCCAAACUACUGGACUCUUCUCUGCGGCCUCCCUCCCAUGGUUGUCGGGGACGAGGAAAUCGAAGUCAAGCUGUACAACAUCAAAUGCGACGAGGCUGGAGCUCUGCCCUGCCGGAGAUGUGGUAUCAACGUCUGUGAGGAGUGCAGGUACUACGAUCGGCUUCUGUGCGUGGAGGAAAGCUAUGUCGAGCCGCGCUACAACUGGCGCCCUCUCAACAUCAUGUGUCUUUGCCGCGAUUGUGACUUCCAGCUCGAAGGUGAUAAUCGGAAGCUACAACUCAGCGACACAUGCGAUUGCAACCUAUGUCUAAGGUGGCUCUGUACCAAAUGUGAAGACGCGCAGAGAAAAGAGACCACAGCGUAUUACGACACGCGAACUCAGGAAGCGUCGGGCCAAAACAAUGUGCUCAACCAACCAGAGGAAUGGGGUCCCGAUGAAGCCUCAGAGACCAAGCAACUCGAGAUAUAUGGCAAAUGGCGCAAUUUCUAUUGCCCUUGCGGUGCCGGCGUUGCGCAAGAGACCGUCCCAAGAUGCACUUGGUGCAAGCGCCGUGUCAAGACCCAGGACGAAUGGUUAGAUGAAAGAAAUCAGCUUGCCCGACUUGAUAAACCGGGGGGUUCGUUCUAUAACCCGGAUCACCCACCCUUCGUCAUGGACACCAGCUAUAACUAUCCUACUCCCUACCCGAGGCUGGGGUACAUUCGGCCUGGGGACGAUGUCCCACAAUUAUGUCCGACGUCGUGUGUGGCCGCCCUCCCGUCAUCGGUGGUAAUCCAUGGCAUAGUACCGACAGGCAUGACCCGGGAGAUAUUACUCCAGAAUUCAUACACCACGCCACUCGGACGAACCAACAGGGGAUCACAAUCACGUUCUCACAACCGGUGUUUUCCCGAUGGCUGCCACCCCACCGCGUUCAUCGACGAUGAUGGAGGAGUAGUAGCUUUCCGUCCCAGGACUCCAACCAGUCCAGAAGUGGAAUUCGACCAGUCCCAAUCUUACGACGUUCCCCGCAUUCUCCCACAUGCCGGCAUCGCAUCGCGCUGGAGAUGCGGAGGUGACAUGGGAAUACUCUCCGGUAUUGCUACCUAUAAUACCUGCCAUCUAAAACAACCCCGGUCGUUCCAUUCUCCAUUCUCCAUUCCCCACGAUUUCCCCGCGCGCCGAAGAAAAUACCGCCGAAGAGCCUCCAGGCUGCAUGGAAUAUCUCCAGACGAACUACUCCCACCAACGGCCAUCCACACCGUUCUCCCCCGCACCGUUGAGAAAUGGCACCAACAACGUGGACCGACAUGGAGUUUUCCCCGACUUGGGGAGACAUGGGGUUUCCUCACAGACUACCACCGUAAAAAGCUUGCCCAAGUGGCCGGCGUCGCAUCGUUGAUGAGAUCAUCAUUGCGCCUUUGGACUCCUGGAAGACGGAUUCCGAGUGGAGGGAGAAGGGCCGACGGCGUGCACAGUACUGCGCAGCGGUGCCGGGGACUAGAUGUCGGCCGUCGACUCAUCUCAGUCCGAGGAGAAGUUGGAAAGAUGACGCGGGAAAAGGCACGACAAGAGGGGAAGUUCUUAAGUGAGAGUCUGCAAGCUCAAGCUGUGCUCUUCAAUUGGGUCCUCAACAUGGUCAACAACUUGAUUUCGACGUUGGCGACGGCCCUUGCUGGCCUCACGCUCUGCGCUGCUCAAGAUAGCUAUACCAAUGAUACAGAUCCUUACUAUGGCCAAAGUCCAGCCGUCUACCCCACGCCCGUGGGAAAUGGAACGACCAAUGAGAAAUGGGCCACAGCGUACCAGCGCGCAAAGUCCCUCGCCGCUCAGAUGACCGUCGAGGAACUCGCAAACUUCACCCAUGGCUGGGAUGGCCUCUGCACCGGCAACACAGGCUCCGUUCCUCGUCUCGGCAUCGAGCCCAUCUGCCUCCAAGACGGCCCGGAUGGCGUCCGCGCGCAGGAAUUUGUCUCGGCGUUCCCCUCCGGCAUCCACCUCGGUGCGACAUGGGACAAGAACCUCUCGUAUGCCUACGGCGAGGCCCUGGGCGCCGAGUUCCGCGGUAAGGGUAUCAAUGUCGGCCUUGGACCCGUCGGCGGACCCCUGGGUCGUAUCGCGCGCGGCGGCAGAAACUGGGAGGGUCUGAGUAAUGAUCCGUACCUGUCAUCUGUUGGCGUCGGUGGUAUUACCAAGGGAAUGCAGGAUGCUGGAACCAUUGCGUGCCCGAAGCACUGGAUUCUCAACGAGCAGGAGUACCGCCGGAACCCGAGUGUUGAAGAAGGCGAGGCCGGAUCUUCCAAUGUUGAUGAUAGGACGUUGCAUGAGCUUUAUGUUUUCCCGUUCAUGGAUGCUUUGAAGGAGGGCGCUGCGUCGGUCAUGUGUUCUUACAAUCGCGCCAACAACUCGUAUGGAUGCCAAAACUCCAAGUUGCUCAAUGGAGUCCUCAAGACGGAGCUCGGGUUUGAAGGGUUCGUUGUCAGCGACUGGGGCGCACAACACGCCGGCGUGGCAACCGCAAACGCAGGUCUCGACUUGGUCAUGCCAAACGAAGCCUUCUGGGGCGCAUCCCUCGUCGAGGCAGUCAACAACGGCAGUGUCACCCGUGAACGCGUCGAGGACAUGACGACAAGAAUCCUUGCGGCGUGGUACUACAUCGGCCAGGACAGCGACGACUACCCAGCCGUCGGAGCCUACUCGAACCUCCAGAAGCACACGCCCGUCGAUGUGCAGAACGGGCACAAGGCGAUCAUUCGUGAGAUUGGCGCCGCCGGCACCGUGCUGGUGAAGAACGUCAAUGGCACGUUGCCGUUCAAGAACCCCAAGUUCUUGACGGUGUACGGCUACGAUGCUAGCUUGCCUCCCACGCCAUGGGGCAGCACGAGUUAUGGCCCGUCAUGGGGUACUGUACUGGCGGAUACCUUCAACGGGACGUUGCUUUCUGGUGGCGGCUCCGGGACGACGACGCCGCCAUAUGUCAUUACUCCUUUCCAGGCCAUCCAGGACCGUGUUAUCGCGGACGGCGGAGUGGUUAAGUGGGAUUUUUACUCUGAGAACCCGCAGCCCAACUACGUCAACUCGGAGGCAUGUCUGGUCUUUAUCAACGCGUGGGCCUCAGAGGGAUACGACCGACCAAGCCUGACGGACGAGUUUAGCGAUAACUUGGUCAACAACGUCGCGGCCAACUGCUCCAACACGAUUGUCGUGUUGCACUCUGCCGGAACCCGCGUUGUCGAAGCCUGGGCAGACCAUCCCAACGUGACAGCAAUCCUCUUUGCCGGCUUACCCGGCCAGGAAUCGGGCAACUCCCUCGUCGACAUCCUCUACGGCGACGUCAACCCCAGCGGCAGACUCCCUUACACCGUCGCCCGCGCCGAGUCAGACUACGGUAACCUCCUCAACUCGACUGUCGAAGCGGGCCCGUUCCCGCAGGAUGAUUUCACGGAGGGUCUGUUCAUCGAUUACCGCGCCUUUGACCGCGACGGGAUCUCGCCCCGGUACGAGUUCGGCUUCGGGCUAUCGUAUACUACCUUUGGCUACUCUUCCCUCUCCGCGAGUCCCGCGUCGGGCGUGAGCGCCGGUAUCCCGGAUCCGAGCGUCGCGAUUAUUCAGGGCGGACACCCCGCCCUCUGGGAGGAUGUCGUCUCCGUGAGCGUGACGGUCCAGAAUACGGGCGGCGUGGGCGGCCAUGAGGUCGCGCAGCUGUAUGUUGGUAUUCCCGUAGAGGGCACGCCCGCGAAGCAGUUGAGGGGCUUCGAGAGGGUGUAUGUCGAGGCGGGCGGAAGCGCGACGGUGGAGUUUGCGCUAACGAGGCGGGAUUUGAGCUUUUGGGAUGUGAGUGCACAGCAGUGGCGGUUGAGUGAGGGUGAGUAUGGGGUUUGGGUUGGGGCUAGCAGUCGGGAUUUGAGGCUCGAGGUAGUUGUAAUGAUGAUGAUGAUAAUCAACUCGGAGUCACGGAAUCGCAGGUCUUCCCCGAAACGCUUCAUUCGAAGUCUACACCUGCGCGUCCAACUGGACACCACCAACCGUGCGAUUGCACACCUUUCUGAGAGAUUCCAAAACAAAAUGAAGGAAACUACUCCAUACGUUGAAAAGAAUCAAAAAUGGGAGGGGCAUAAGAUCAUUCAUGGAAAAUGCAAAAAGUUAACCAGCGUGAUGCAUCCGCCGGUAAUCGAAACCGGAUGCUGGUCGUUGAGUAAUCUGAGCUCUAGUUCAUUGUUGAAGGCGGCCAAUCAGAGAGCCGUAUUCAGAGAGCUCCCAUUUCCUUCCCUUCCGGCUCCAACGAGCGAACGAACUCCCCGGAGGGUUUGUUCCUCCAACCAGCCAAACGUCGUAGCCAAAACAUCAAGUCUUCCCGAGUCAACAGCACAGCCGGCGGCGAAAAAAAAUGCACUUGUGCUGCACGACUUGGGCUUCGGCGUAUUAAGCUUAUUCACGACUCCGCUCCACGAACCCUCCCCAUCGCUCUACCUUACCUCUAGCUUGAUUCGCCAACCAUGUCGUCUCGAAGAGGCAGCGCAGACUGAGAUCCGAGGCUGGCAAGUCAGUGCGAACGUGCGAGGUCGCGACAACGUGGCUGGGACUGGGGAGCCGGUCGAUCUUUGUCCGAACUCUAUGGGUACCACGUCAACGAGCAAGGACUGUCGAUCUUUCGAGGAGCGAUUCAUUGCUUUCGCACGUGAACAGCAAGAUAUUCGCAAACUUCGCUGCAGCGAUUUUUCCCAUCCUUGUCGUCUUCUCGAGUCCGUUGGGGUCUCGGGGUAUUCCAUUUGCUGCUCAACAACAAAUCCAAAAUCACAAUGUGGCCCCAACUCCAUUAUCGCCCGAAUUGACUUGCGGAAAAUGAGCCGCUUAGCCUCCCACCGGCUCAAGAAUUACUCCUACGCCAUCUCCGUCAUGUUGAGUCGCCCGCCCGCUGUCAUCUCAGUCUUGCAUGAGAUCCCGAACCACCCCUCUCUCGACGGAGCACAUUCACGGCCGAGAUCAACCAAACCCGCAGAGCAGACUACGGAGUACAUAACUGCACGCUCGCGGCGGAGGUCUCGGCAGAUUGCUAGAGCACUGCUGUAUGCGACAAUGAUCGUCAUCGCAGCCACUUCCGAAAAUCCAAGGGGGCAAAACAACAACCGCAAAUCGUUUUGCGUAGCCUGCGAGCAUUCGGACGACAGGGAUCCAAAAAUGAUCUGUGUUGCUCAACACGAGCGCAGCCCCGAAGUAACCCAACAUCGACAACUUCUCGAUCCGAUAUUCUUCUUCCAGAUGGACCAAUUUUGA